UCUGUCCAGUUCGAGUGGGGAGGAGAAGAGAGAUAUCGAAAGUUGUAGAAUGCCUGGUCCCAAUGACGUGAGAUAAUUCUGGAUUCGACAUAUUUUUACUGGAUACAAGACCGUGGUAUCAAUGGAAUACGGACAGCAGUCUGAUCCUUGGUCAUGGGGUGAUGAUAACAGUGACAGCCAGCCGAAUGAAUGGAGUGCUUGGCCCUCUAAUCCCAAACCAACGUUACCUACGCAAAAUUUCAUGCCUCCGAUAGAGGCUCACCAUAACAAGCAGGCAUCAGCUUAUUUCGAAUCUAUUAACUUGCAAAACAGCCACCCUGUUGUAAAUUACUCUCAAGAAUAUUGGUCUCAUCAGACUAACAGAAAUAAAGGUCAGAUAUAUAGUGAUAGUUGUGGCAAUCAAGGAAAUUAUAAUAAUAAUAAUACCAUAUCCGAUGUUGAAAAUAAAGAAAUUGCACCACCUGACAAUGAAAUCUCGAGGAGUGCAACUGGAAUGGUCCCUAAGGCUGAUAUGAGGACUUAUUUUACACCGACAUCUCAAAAUUCAAAGCCUUUUAUUCCACCAAUGGUUUCGAAUAAUUUUCAAUCUGGUACUCUUGACCCAAGACAGAGCUUUAUCCAGUCUCAACUUCCUCCUAAAGAGGGUGCAAAUUUUCAUAACAACCCUCUUCCUCCAUCUCCCUCUUCUCAUCCAUCGGUAAACGAGAUUCCUCCUGCUCAACAAAUUAUGGGCCUCCCCCCUGCACCAGUGCAAGUGGAUCGUCCUCCUCCACAAACUCCAUGUAACCCUGCCCUCCAGAAGACAGAACUUACAAGUUCAGCACAGCAAAUGAACUUUUAUCAAACUUUACAGCAGCCACAACUUCAUGCACAACACCAACAGCAACCACAGAUCCAACCUCAACAAAAACAACAGACACAGUCACAACAAAAACAACAGGGGCUAUCACAACAACAACACCACCAACAACAGCAGCAACACCAACAACAGCAACUGCAGAUCCAACCUCCACAAAAACAACAGGCCCAAACACAACAAAUGGAACUGCCAAAACCACAGAUGCAACCACAAGUUAGCCAUCAGCAAAUGCAACAGCAUACUGCUGCCAAUCAUUUCCCUCAUCUUACUCCUGGAUCAAUCACUUCGAUGAACACAUUUGGACAAAUGGUUCAUCCUGCAAACAGUUCUUUGAUGCAAAAUCCAAGUUCUGUUCAUGGUUAUGGAAAUUUUCAACCAAUCCCUAUGCCAAUACCAGAGAAAGAGUUAGAAGCCCGAUUGACCCCAUUGUCUACAUUACAUGAUACAAAUUCAUCGAAACUUUCAACCAAUGAAUUUCACAAUAAAGAAACCCAUUUUCAACAUGUAAAUAUGAGCAAUAAUCAAAUGGUAUUCGCACAUCCGAAUUCUCAAGACGCAUAUAAUUCUUCACUACAAACUUUAAGUAAACAACCUACACCUUUAUCUUCGGUGACAGAAUUAAGCCAUAAACGAUCGGAAAGUUUACCACAGAAUUUUCCCUCCGACACCACUUCUCAUUUUGACAGACCAGUUUAUCCAACUGUCCAAAGUGGGAGCCACAAUAAUGUAAAUAGUAGUUGUAAAGAAGAACUGAUGUUGACUCAGCAGCAGUUGAACAGCUCUGGAAGUAGUCAUCCAUCAACAAGCAGUGAAAGUUUACCAAACCAUGGUUACAACUCGUCCUUAUCCAGCAGUAAAAACAGCCAGUCUUUACCAGAAAGCGAUCCUAAAAUCCAAGAUCAAUACAAGGCAAUGGCGACUAAUUUGCAACACAAUAAUCAGCCUAAUGCCUCACACAUGCCUUUAAUGAUGGUUCCAACUGCACCUUCUGCCCAGUUAAAACAUGACCAGCAAGAUCAAAACCUAAUAUCCAUGCCAAACCAGUUUCAAAAUACCAAUAGCACAUACAGUUUAAAUAACACUGUCACACGUCCAAUAGCUUCAAGUUCACCUCUUGUCACAAACAUUCCUGAAAACCUAGAACAACCAGAUGACCAUCACCCCUCAGAAACUACUGAUCUCAGCAUGCAAAUGAAAUCCUUACAACUUAAUGUCGAUGAACACACACAAGUUCUUUGCUCACUCGAUAGAAAUCAGUAUUUAGAAACUGGCCAUCUAUCAAAUCAAAAAGAAAGUGGUUUUGUUAAUAGACCAACAAAUGUGGACAACCUCGAUGAAGGUGAUGCCCCACCUCCAGGACUUGAUAGAUUGGUCACAGGACAGGUUUGUGAAUCCCAUGUAACUUCUACUGACCCGAUCCAGGUACUUCAAAUGGAACCAUUGUCUGAAAAUGACAGUACAAGACAGAGCACACCUCUUUCCUUCAGGGGUCAUGAAACAAGACAAAGGCAUUCUGAGACAGAAGGAGAGAGUGAAAGCGGUUCGAGGAGGACAGGGAGACUUGUCCAGGGUCAGAGCAUUGGUGACGAUACUGAUGGUCGAGAGGUCCCUGGUGAAGAUAAUUCUGCUCUGAAUAGAGUUGUCCUCGGGCAAAUAGGAGGUGUUAUUACUCCCCCAAAACAAGAAACCCCCACACCAAGAAGCGACCGUGAAGCUGAGAGGGAACGAGAAAUGGGUAGGAGAAGAAUGGUGGUAGGUGAGCAUGCAGGUAGGGACCAACAGCAAACUGGAAAUCUUUCUGAUGAUUAUAGACAAAAGCACAGAACUAGACAUAGACUGCGUCGUGGAGAUAGCAGCUAUGAUGAAGAUGAUCGAGAUUAUGACAGCGACAGAAGAAAUGAGGAGUAUAAAAGAAGAGAUGAUAGGAAUAGAAGAAGAAAAGAACAUAGGUCGCCGCCUGAUUAUAGAAGUGAUGAGGAGUAUGAAGAUAGAAGGAUUUAUCAUAAGAGUGGAAGAAACGAAAGGAGGCCAAGGGAUCGGGACCGAGAUAGAGAUUACAACAGUCCUGAAAGGGAUUACAGAGAUUACAGAGAGGAUCGAAGGAGAUAUCGUAGAUAUGAGCAAUAUAGUAGAGAUUAUGAUGAUGAGUAUUAUCAUCGUGAAAAUAGGUCUCGCCCUUCGAGUCGGACAGGUUCUGAUUACAGGAGGAAUAUGGAUUAUUCUAUGAGAUCCCAAAGGUCUUGCUACCAUGACCAUAUUGAUUUUACAGCAAUCAAUAGCAGUGAUUAUUUGGAUUAUUCGAAAUAUAGUGCUUACGAAUAUUAUGAAAAAUUGAGACAAACUGAUCCUGUAAGGUAUGCAGCAUGGUAUGAGCAGUAUAUGAAAGAAAGAUACAGUGGUUACCAAAAUUCUUUCCAUUAUGGAGCAGACAAGGCCAGCGUACACUCAGCUCAAAGUGCCUCCAAUCAACGUCAUAGUGCCCACACACCACAAAUUGUCAAUGAAAAAACUACUAGGCCUAAUGAAGAUGAAUAUGACAUUCAUUUAUUUUCUACUAACCAUAUUAAAGGAAAAUUGGAUGGCCAGAAUAGGCUGGUUGUGAUUGAUCCAAAUCAUCCCCUUGAUGGUCAACGAGCAACCAUAAAUUUAUACAAAUUGACUCAGCCUGCGCUCGAUUCAGAUACAGAGGAGUUUUUCGAAAGCCCUGGACCAUUUAUUCCUGGUGUGACACAUCGCAAUACUGUUCUUCAGUAUUUAAAAAGGAUAUCGGAGAAAGCCAGUAAAAGUUCGGAAAAACUGCUGUACGACCUCAUUCAUUUAACAGUGAAAGGAAAUGGGGAGGUCAAUGAAGUUGAUGUAGCUGAGCUUUUAAUGAAUAGCUACAAGAAAUCUGAAAAAGAAGAAUGGAACAAGGCUGAAGAUAUACCUGUAGAAAAACUCCCAGAAAAAGAGGUUGUAGCUAAGUUUAGAGAGCUUCUCCAGCAAGGAAAUAAAACCGAGGCACUUGAUUGGGCUAUUGAUCAUGGAGCUUGGGGCCAUGCACUAUUCCUCGCCUCAAAAAUGGAUGAUAGGACACACAACCAAAUCAUGUUAAGGUUUGCUAACAGCAUUCCCCACAAUGAUCCAUUACAAACUCUAUACCAGCUUAUGUCUGGACAUAUACCACAAUCAUCUACUUGUUGUGCGGAUAAAAAAUGGUCUGAUUGGCGACCGCAUCUUGCCAUGAUUUUAGGAAAUCCCACAAGGGAUCAUGCUUUAGACCGCAAAGCCAUUAUUCAAUUGGGUGAUUCUCUGAAUGCACAUGGAAGGUUAUUUGCAGCUCAUUUCUGUUACGUGACCGCCCAAGUUGAGUUCAGCCAAUUUAAGCCAGAUGCCAAGCUUGUGUUACUUGGUUCAUCGCCAAAUCAGGAAUUUAACAAGUUUGCAUCUUGUAGGGCAAUCAUGUUAACAAUGUGUUACGAAUAUGGUUUAAAACUUAGGCAGAGAGAUUUUAAUAUUCCAACUUUACAGUUUUAUAAGUUAAUUUUAGCCAUGAGACUUAUUGACAGUGGGAGGAGUAAAUGUGCCUUGCAGUAUUGUGAGAUGCUGGCGGAUGAGACUGUUCAAUGCAGGCAGUCUGACAAACGCCUGAUUUCCGAUGUCAUAGACAUUUCUUCAAGGUUAAAAAUGUUAGAUCCGACACUUGCGCUCUCAGGUGAAACAGAUAAUGAUCCAGAAUGGCUUCACAAGCUUAAGCUUUAUUACAAUAACCUACCAGACAAUCCGAAUGCAGGUAUGAAAAUAAGCAAUGGGUUCUCAAUGUCCUCGGUAUUAGAAACAAGCCAAGAGAACCUUACCAACCAAGUUGAACCCCUUGAGGUCCAUGAGGAUGUUAAAACAUUCGGCGAUCCUUAUGCGAAUUACAAUCCAAGUGAUUUAACAAGUCAUCUUCUACCGUCACUCCCUGUUGUGUCUCAUCAACUCCCUCCAGAAGUUAACAGAGAAGAUAUGUCUGGCUUUAUGAUGCCUCCACCUUUACAGCCAAAUAGUUACCAAAUGGAACAACCUCCUCCUGUAGAACCUCCUGUUGAGACAAAUAAUUAUUGGGAUAAUUCUAAUAUAGCACAUAAUAAUUCCAGUUAUACCCCUAUGCAACAGGAAAAUAACUCAACUGCCAAUAAAUCAUUCUUUAAAUCCAGUGAAGAACAACUUAAGGAUAUAGCAGAUGCUAAGCCUAGCAAAAAAGCUCUUAAUGAAGUGGCCCCAACUUCAAAAAAGCCAGACGCUAAACAACCUGAAAAUAAAUCAGCUAAAAAUGAAGAACAGAGGAGUGGUUGGUUUGGAGGAAUUUGGGAUAAACUGUCGAUGCGACCUAAAAAUCAGAUGAGACUUCCUGAUGACAGCAAUCCAUCGAUUGUUUGGGAUCAAGAAAAGAAACGAUGGGUCAACCUCGAUGGAGAUGAAGAAGGGGCAAGUACUGUGAAACCACCUCCAAGAGCUGCUGAAAUGAUGAAUCAAUCUAUGAUGAGCAAUUCUGCCACACCAGCCGGACAACCUGCACCAGGACCCAAUAAAUAUAAAUUGCAGAAAGGAAAACUGAUGAAAUCAAACUAUGUUGAUAUGAUGGGUGGGACAAAAGAUAAGGAUGGCCCUUCAUCCCUGGGAAGUCUUCCCCCUUCAAUGGUAACUGCUGCACCAGUUAAAAACAAUUUUUUCAUCCCUUCGCCAGUCGAAGGAAAUCAGAAUGCACCAAUUGAUUUUAUAACCACAACAACAAUGAAUCCUACUUUACCAGAGGCACUACCAGAAUCAAACAAACAACAGCUCUCACGGUGCAGUUCAAUGAGCUCAUUAUCUCGGGAAGUACAGUAUUACAUGUCUCCAUCAUCAGUUCACCCCAACAGACCUGCUGUUCAUCAACCAAUGGCACCGAUGAUGUAUAACACACCAAGAUUCCCAUCGUAAUCUGGAUUUGUUUUUACAAUAUAUAUAUAUUUAAUCUAAUAUAAUAUUUAGGCUGUUUUUAUUGCAGUUUUUGUAAACAAUCAUAAAACAUGUAAUAUGUGUUGUAAAUACCACUUCUUUCCUAGAUUUAGUUAUUUUUUAUAAAUAAUUAGAUCAUUGUAAUAAUAAAGACGUGAUGACUGUUUUUCAUUAUUGGUAGUUGUUUUGGGAAUACAGUCAGAAUUUUCAGUUUUUACUUAAUAUAUAUUUAUUGGUCGAAGUUUCAAAGUUUUACUUCCUUUUUGAAGGUCGAAUCUCUACAAACAAUGAUUAAAUUAUACACAUUUUACUUACAUUAAAAAUAUAAGUGUCGUGAGACCUGCCAUUUUUGUUCUUUUUUAUCCUACCAUAGUUUUUAAAUAAAAAUAUAUACAUUAAUUCCAGUUAUUUUUACCAUUUAUUUUGGUUCUAAUAUGAUUAAACGAAAAACUUCCGUAACAUCAGCAAAUAAAUAAAUAUUUAUAUAUUGAGUGAAAACUGGAAGUUCCGAGACUGCAUUCCCAAAACAACCACCGAUCAUUGUAAUAGUAAAUAAUUAUUGGUUCAAGGUGUAUAUGCUAGGGAUAUUGUUUUAUCGUUUUAUUUUUAGCAUGUUAUUAUAGUGGGAUAGCAUUGUACACAUUUUGUUAAUGUUUUGUUUUAAUUUCUAAGAUGUUUUUCAUAAUUAAAUAUAGUCUGAAAGUUACAGUCAAUGCUGGUUGUGAGUUUAGGAAUUUUGUUCUCUAAGGUUAAUUAAGGAAUGCGCGAAAGCUUGUAUUAAAGUAUGUUAUAGUAUCUCAAAUGUGUCUACUGUGAAUUUUAAUUUAUGUGCAAAUGUAUUUGAUAUUCAAAUUAUAUUUUCUGAAGAGGUCUUCUUCAUAGAAGAAUCAUAUUAUAAAAUUAUUUAAAUCAAUGAAAUAUACUAUGUCAAAUUGUUAUUAUAUAAA